UAAAACGCGACAAUGGAAAAGAAACUAUGGCUGACAAAAUAACCGAUUUAAAGGAGUCAAUAAAACGCGAAAUUUUAGAUGACCCAAAAUUAGAAAUCAUUAUUCGAAAUCACAUUGAUGAUUUAAUGUCCGAAAUCGUUCAGGAAAUUGUUCAGAAAUAUUUAAUGGAAUCUUCCGAUUACUUGAUAAAUAAUAUUAGUGAUCCAGAAAAAUACAAGACGGACGAAAUAAAGAUAAACAAAACAUUAACCGAGUUAAAGGAUGUACAGCAAAAUAAUGAUUUUAUUCCUUCUGCUCCACCACUUCCCCAAACUCUACCAACGCUACAAAAAGCAGAAAAUAAUAUUAAAAACAAAGGUAAGGUUGAUAGACCAGCAGGUCUACCAAAAAAUCUUAUAGAUGAAAUCAAACGCGGCGUGAAAUUGAAGCCGGUGAAGCCAGUAGUUUCAGUAAUAGAAAAUCCAAAAAUAAACGAAAAUGAUUUUGAAAGAAUGAACCCAUUAGGUAUUCCAAUGUUUCGUCGGGCAAGUAUGAUGUCGAGCAGUUCUAGCUCCGAUACGUCAUCGGAAUACUUUUCUCUAGAUGAAUGGGAUAACUAAAUAAAAAUUAAUCGAAAAGUAAAGCUUGAAUAAACAAUGGCAAGUGGUAAUUAAUAAGUCAACCGCUCCUGAGCAUAGUUAGUGUGUAAUCGAAGAGUCAUCAAGAUGAGCUGAGGUUACCGGUUUGUCUAAAACGAACAGACAACCGGAUCAUACCUUGACUUUGUACUUUCUAUGUUUUUAAAACCAAUUGCUAACAGUAAUGUUGGAGGUU